AUGAAAGGUGUACUAGGGCUGAAGUGUGUGAGUUGCAGGGUCAACGGGAGGGUGCCGCUCGUGUCGAAAAAAUUUCUUUUUGUAAAUGUCGGAUCCAAAUCAAAGUUCGGGUCGGGUCUGGCAGGCCAAAAUAAGAAGAACGGGCAGGUAACCGCCAACGCGUCGAAGAGGACAGUAUUUAUAGAGAGUAACGUGAAGAACGCCCACGUGCAGGAAGAAGUACACAAGAGCGCGGUCGCUUCCCCCGAUAAGGAAGCACUAAACAGCUACAAUGACGAACGGACGGUCGAUGGUGAAACCCAACAGGGUGAUCACCUCUCCCUGGGGGGGGAGGACUUUGAAGAAUAUACCCAGUUUGACCGACAUGAUGGGCGAGGAAAAGAUGUUGGAGAAAAUGGAUUCAUGCAUUACAAGCGUAGGGAAGGCGCGUUUAAUAACCAUGAGAGAGGAAAGAACAGACAAAGGCAUGACAUCCACGGGAGAGAACAGAAGUACCAAUCCCCAUCGAGGUAUGACAACGUGGAGGAAGGAGAUGAGUACGCGAGGAGAGCAUCAUACUCGAGAAGAACAUCGUACUCGAGAAAUUUAAACAGUCAGGAUAGGUAUGCUCAACUGGGAGAGAAUCUAAAAGACAUCGAAUGGAACAAGGUAGAUGCAAAGGUGCAGAGGCAGAACCUGCUUCAAAAUGUUAGUGAAAAAAAGGAAAACAUUUCACCUGAACAGUUAGAUGCAGAACUGAAGAGAUUGAACAUUUUUGUGAACAAAGAAUCAGGUGUACUAAACAAUUUAGCUAGUAACUUCUCCGAUGUGAACUUCCACGAUGCUAUAGUGAACCACCUGAAUACAAAGUUUAAAGAACCGACAGCUAUUCAGAAGGUUACGUGGCCGAUUGCACUUUCGGGGAAGGACCUAAUAGGCGUAGCCGAGACGGGUAGCGGAAAGACUUUAGCCUUCGCCCUACCCUGCCUUAUGCACAUCUUGAAGCAGAGGGAACGUCAGGCGGAGCGAGAGAACGGGUGGGAGCAGGGCCAAGUAGCCAUCGGUGAGGAGUCCACCCAGGUGGAAAAUGAGAAGAAGGAACUCUCUCAUGAGGCAACCCAGGAAUGGACAAACGAGCCCACGCAAGGUGGUAUGCAAGGUGGCACGCAAGGUGGCAUGCAAGGUGGCAUGCAAAGUGGCAUGCAAGAUGAUACGCGACGCGCUACUCAACACAGCAGCGAUAAGUAUUCCCAUCAGGGGGAACGAACUGUCUACGGACUGAUCCUCCUCCCCACGAGAGAGCUAUGCAUGCAAGUAGUGGACGAAAUAAAAGUAUUCGAAAAGGAGUUAGACAUCAAAAGUGUCGCCGUUUAUGGAGGAGUACCCAAGUACACACAAAUUAAUAACUUAAAGAAAGGCGCAGAUAUCGUAGUUGCCACCCCGGGAAGACUUUUAGACCUUCUCGAAAACGGAGUGAUUCAUUUGUUAAGAUGCAUCUAUGUUGUUAUAGACGAAGCGGAUAGACUACUAGACAUGGGGUUUGAAAAACAACUAAAAAAAAUUAUGACGCAAGUUAAUAAAAACAAACAGCUCCUAUUCUUUACAGCUACGUGGCCUGAACAAGUGAGAAAACUUGCAUAUGAUUUUUCAUCCUUCGAUCCAGUAAAAAUACAAGUUGGAAAAAGCGAAUUAACUGCUAAUAAAAAUAUACAACAAAGUGUGGUUGUUAGUUCAUCUGUAGAUUUGAAGAAGAAGCUGCUUGACUGGCUGAAGGAGAACUAUGAAGGGAAUAAAAUUUUAAUUUUCUGUGAUACUAAAAGGAAUUGCGAUAACUUAUGCAAAGAGCUUCGAUACCAUCAGUACAACGCGCUAGCUAUUCAUGGAGAUAAAGAACAGCGGGAGAGAGACAGGAUUCUAAACAACUACAGAAGUGACCGUUGCAAUAUUUUAGUAGCUACCGACGUGGCUUCUAGAGGGCUAGAUAUAAAAAAUAUUUCAAUGGUUGUCAAUUAUGACCUGCCUAAUACUAUCGAAGAUUAUAUUCAUCGAAUUGGCAGGACUGGAAGGGCUGGACAGAAGGGGAAGGCUGUUUUGUUUUUCCCCUACGAUUACUAUGUGCCUCAAAAGGCUCGAUUCGCUAGGGACUUGGUUAAAUUGCUGAACAAGGCGAAUCAUGCCGUCCCAGCGGAGCUGCGCGAAAUUGCCGGCACUAG